AUGGCCAACAAUUGUCAGUCAAUUGCCCUGGCUCCAUCCCCAGAACAUACUGCGCUUUUAAGAAGGCUUACUGCUAUAGAGGAAAGCCUCAAGACCAUGGAUUCAAACAUUGGCAUUGUCAUCAAGGGGAACAAAAAUACAUUGGAAAUACUUGAUAGCAUUGCUGAUGCCUCUGGAGAACUUCUUGCAGUUAUUGCUCCUACUACUAUACAUGCUUCUGCUUCUGUCCCUUUUGCAGCUUCUUCCAUUGGUUCUACUCUGGAUUGGUAUACAACACCUUCUGAGGCUUCUUUUGGUAUCUCUUCUGCUGCUCCUUCUGUUACUCCUUCUGUUACUCCUUCUGUUACUCCUUCUGUUACUCCUUCUGUUGGUCCAGAGGUUCUUACUGGUACAAAUGCUGAUAAACUUAGUAAACAGGAUCGCACUAGAGUUUUAGCAGGAGAGUUGAAGAAGCACAACUUCAAAUCAAAUAAGCUGAAACUAGUUGCAGCUAAUGACAGCAAGCGCAGUUGGGAUAUUAAUGUUGAUUACAGACUUCCACCCAACAGACAGCUGAUGUAUGACCUUCAUGCAUACCUGGCUCCAAAGGUUGUUGUGACUAGUCAUUUUGACUGUUGCAAGCUGACCUACCAUACAUUCAAGGCUGAAAUUGAUGUGAAGGUAGGUAAGAGCUGCAAUGGACUCUUACAAAAAGAAGCAAUGUCCGAGGGUAAAUCUGAAGAUGAUAUUUCUGGAGUCUCGAUUAACUGUGCGAUUUUUGUUGAUGAUUUUAUGCGUAAUCGCAUGGACUUCAAUUCGUGUCAAAUGUUAAAGAGGUCCUUUGGUAGAGAUGCUGUUUUAGCAGUCCUGCCUAGAUUGAUGUCCCUUCUCUCUCACUGGGCUUUUAGAGAUGAGUUUCAAUAA